CAUUCAAACCGUAAUUUGGGCCAUUUCUUCUGUAAUCGGCAGUUCCCCUUUUUUCGAAACGUCUCGUCUUUCUUUGAAGAUAUGCAGAUUUUCGGAGUUCACAUCGACGGCUUGGCGGUUCUUCCCGCCUCCGGAAGCUUCAGAUCGCCGGAUUUCAAGCUUUUUCCGCCGAAUUCCGAGCCGAAGCUCGGAUUUUCCGGUGGAUUUUCCAAGAGCUGCCAUUUGGGUUAUGUGGCAAAGCUCCUUAUCCGACCAGGGAAUUACAGAGCCAGAAGCUUAAAAGUGAGAGCAGCAGGGAAUUCUGAUGAGAAUACAGCACCAAUUGCUCCUCUCCGAUUUGAAUCUCCGACAGGUCAGUUUCUGUCACAGAUACUGCAAACCCAUCCUCAUCUACUUCCCGCAGCCAUCGAUCAGCAGCUGGAGAGGCUUCAAACUGAUCGAGAUGUGCAGAAGGAAGAAAGUCCACCACCAUCUCAAGAUCUCCUCCUCUACAGGAGAAUUGCGGAAGUCAAAGACAAGGAAAGGCAGAAGGCUCUAGAGGAGAUAAUCUACUGCUUUAUUGUGCAUAAGUUCAUCGAUAAAGAUAUUUCAAUGAUCCCUACAAUAUCACCUUCAUCUGAUCCUGCCAUCACAGUAGAUUCCUGGCCCAACCAAGAACAGAAGCUAGAAGCCGUCCACUCUCCAGAAGCCUUUGAGAUGAUACAGAGCCAUUUAUCUCUCGUCCUUGGUGAAAGGCUUGUUGGCCCUCUCAACACCAUCAUCCAAAUCAGUAAGCUCAGGCUUGGAAAGCUCUAUGCCGCCUCCAUCAUGUAUGGGUAUUUCCUCAAGAGGGUUGAUCAGCGGUUCCAACUCGAGAGAUCCAUGAAAACACUUCCUGCACGCAUGGAUGAGGAUCAGAUGGUUUUUGAAGGUUCAGCCCCCGGAAACCAGCUUUGGGACAUGGAUUCUUUGAUCCAAAUUUCACCUGAUGAUGAUGACCUCGGUGAGAGUCAAUCAGAUUCAGGUGAGACCAAGUCAUACAAAUUGAGAUCGUAUGUCAUGUACUUGGAUGCGGAGACACUGCAGAGAUACGCGACAAUAAGGUCUAAGGAAGCAAUUUCAUUGAUUGAAAAGCAAACGCAGGCCUUGUUUGGGAGGCCAGAUAUCAGGAUUGCCGAGGAUGGGUCACUUGAUACCUCUAAUGACGAAGUGAUUGGAAUAACGUUCUCUGGGCUGACUAUGCUGGUUUUGGAGGCAGUUGCAUUCGGGUCAUUUCUUUGGGAUGCGGAGGAUUAUGUUGAGUCAAAGUACCAUUUUGUGAAGAGCUGAACUGAAAAGAGUGUUGUUUACCAUCCUGUAUAGUUCUUUUUUUCUUUUUCUGUUUGUCUGGCUGGCCUUCUUUCUUAAUAAAUUUCUCUUAUCGUUCAAAAAAGAAGA